CCUCAACACCACAACUGAACCUAGAGCCCACUUUUCUCCCCCUCACCUUGCUACAGACGCGUUGCCGUCCAAUUCAUUUUGGCCACGGCAAGAAAGAGCUGGGCAUGUCAAUCCUCGAUUGCCCUUGAAUUGUUGCGCUUCACCGUCUGCGCCGGCUGGCUCUGCGACGAUAAGAGCUUGUUCGCGCCGGCCGAAAUCAACGCAGCACUGCCUCCUCACCUGGCGCGUCCUCAACACACGCUCCUUUCGAAACAAGACGGUGCUGGCAUCGCGCCUUCCUCUGCAGUCUUCAGACUCAGUCACCCCUGUAGAACUCAACCGGCCUGCGACCCGCGGCAUGGGAUCGAUAGUAGUGAGCGACUUCGGUGGGAACCACUUUCACAACCCUAUAUUUGGUGGUAGCAGUGGACAUCAGCAGGCACAAGACUCACCCUCUACACACUCUGGACGGCCCUCGUCGUCAGUGAACGCGCCGCCUCGAGUCGUGGCUGACGUUCCAAUGGCCGAUGCGGGAGCCCCACCAUCCAGCUCAACACCAGCUCAGCGAUCGCAGCAGCACGAUACCUCAGAAGCCAGCCCAAACACUGCCACCCAGCAGCCGGCAUCUCCUUCGAGCCCACGAUUCCACCAACAAUCGCAGCAACCUACGCCCUCUGCCACACAACCUCGAACCAUACAUUCAUCAGGGUCGACUCCUGCCCAGGGCUCACCAGCACAGCCGCUGCGCUCACCUGUCGAGUCGAAUGCAGCAUCGCCGCGAAAGAUCAAGGUCACCAGCUUGGCCCAUAUACAGAGUUUCGCUGUCGAUGAGUCCAGCCCGUUCUCUCAGACGCGCUCAUUGUCGAGGCGUCAACGGCGAGACCCUGCAGACGUCGGGCCACAAUAUGAAAUCAGCGAAAUGCCUGUCUCAGAUAUCAUCGAGAUGGUCGCCGGGUUGCUGACCAAGAUUACCACAACGAACGACCGACAGCACGACCAUUUGCAUCGCCAGAUACCGCCUGUUGACGGAGCAUCCGGGCUGAGCCAGCAGACAACCAGUGUAUUGGCUUUCCAUGGGAAGAACGUACCCAGCAUAUCGAUCCUUAGCUAUCUCAGCCGCAUACACAAGUACUGUCCGACUACCUACGAGGUGUUUCUCAGCCUUCUUGUAUACUUUGACAGAAUGACGGAGAGGGUGAAUGCUGGACCUAUGCUUAGCCUUCGUCAAGCCAACCAAAAAUCAUUGGAACGCUCAGAAGCAGCUGCAACGACAGUCACAGCAGAUAAUACUGCCGUCCAGACCUCCUCAGUUGCUGCUCAAGCCGCAACACCACCACCAUCCGGAUCUUUGGGCAGGCCACAAGAGCCCUCAGCCCAAGGCGCUCAACCCCCGUCACCGCCCCAGCAAGACUUGGACUCUGACGGAUAUAAUCUCUCUCACUUUUUUGUAGUCGACAGCUUCAACAUCCACCGACUCGUCAUUGCGGGUGUCACUUGCGCAAGCAAGUUCUUCUCUGACGUGUUCUAUACCAAUUCUAGAUACGCAAAGGUUGGUGGUCUCCCAUUGGUGGAGCUUAAUCAUUUGGAGCUGCAAUUUUUGUUGCUCAAUGACUUCCGCUUGGCGGUGCCUCUUGAAGAGAUGGAGGCCUACGGAACUAUGCUGGUCGAAUUUUACGCACGAGAGGUUGUCGAACAACAUGAGAGACAGAACGGAGGAAGACAGUAAUUUGACGUACUGCGCAUUCAGAGAAUGGAAGCAACUCACAACUGCGCGUUAUCAGCUAUAAUGCGACUAUGGCACAAACGGAUCGAGACCGCUGUAUCAAACUGGAACCAAACCUGGCUACAUGGGCACGGACGGAAUGGACAAACGGUGCUUUUUCCACCGAAAUCAACUGAACAGGUGAGUCGCUAUUGCGAUCUCGACCAUUCGAAUACGGCGUUCAAGUCUUUUCUAAGACUUCGGUCUCUCCUGGCCUUUUGUUUUGAGCGAAACCCGUCUUGUCGAUUUUCUAGACCGGACCCUCACGCUGCUUAAGCACUGAAUUUCAGUAGUGCAAAGCAGUGGUGAAAUCUGACGAGAUUACGAAGGCUUUCGUCGAUUGCUACACUUGCUCUCGGUUCUUCCAUUGCUUUCUCGAAGACCAUUAGGGCGGCGUUCAUAGAGGUGUCGUCGGCGACCAUACUAUCGUAACCAUGGGUAAUUUUAUACUGAACUCU